AUGCAUCUGCACAAAAUCACCGAAAUCCCCUCGUCAACCCUCUCCGCCCUUCACACGGCCCGCCUCCGAACCGUGUCCAACGUCCUAUCCCUCCCUCCCGACACAUUAUUGCAGCUCACCUCUCUCUCCCCCUCUUCAAUACAGACUCUUCUCUCCACUCUUUACUCCGCCACAGCCGCACGAGCAAUCCCGUUAUCUUCUCUUCUCCCUCUUCCUUCCCCGCUGCGGACGGGGUCAAGUGCAUUUGACGACGUGCUGGACGGCGGACUGCGCCCAAGAGCCAUCACUCAGCUUGCGGGACAGCCGGCCACUGGGAAAACCCACUCGGCUCUUGCGAUUGCUGCACAUGCGUUGCGAGGAGGCGCAGUGGUUUGGCUUGACUCGUCAUCCACUCAUGCUAUUUUUUCUCGCAUAUCGACCAUCCUUGCCGCUCUAACGGUUGAUCCCAUCGAGAGGGAUCUGCUAUUGAGUAGACUCAUCGUCCUGCCGGCAUCCACCGUCAGCACGGCCUUGGCUUGUCUACGCGCUCUUCGGAAAGAUCUCGUGACUCAACACAGUGUCCUGGGAGAGCGUAGUCUCUCUCAAGAUGGCCCACAGAAACAUCUCGCGACGGUCUUAGCCCGACUCAAGUUGGUCGUCUUCGAUUCCGUCGCAAACGUGCUAGCCCCUGUGUUGGGUUUAAGGGACGGUCCAUGGUCUGGACAUGUUGCACUCAACCAGUGUGCUACAGAGCUCAGGUGGAUUUCCAGCCGUACAGACGCCGCUGUCCUUGUCACCAACCGUGUUGUCAGAGAUGGGGAACGACUGAAGCCAGCACUAGGAAAUACAUGGACAGCUUUGGUUGAUGUUAGCAUACGAUUGGAGGUACUCAGUACUCGCGAUGCGCAAGCGUCACUGUCAGGAGAUGCGCAAAUGAAAACUUUUUGUAGAGCGACUGUUUCAUCGAAAAAGGCACUGCCUGGACAGUGCCAAUUUCAAUUGUGCGAGGAUGGCAUCAAGGAUGUUUAAGAUACAAUUUCAAUAUAUGAAACUUUCAGAAAUAUCUCCGUCGGACAGAAGAAUCGCAGAAGUGGCGCCUUCACUGAGAGGCUCACUGGACAGGAGGGAAGUUGGUAUCAAUGAGGCUCGGCUGCUGCUCUCCUUGCCAGCUCGAGUGCACCGAUAAUGCCUAUUUGAUUGCCAUAGGUUGAUGGAACGAUAUAUGUUUCAAGGUCUGAUGUCGUCUUGUCUGUGGAAAUGUAGCCUUCGUUAAGUGCUGCGAAAUGGCGCCUGAUUUUGUCAAAGAGGAUUUUUCUCUUCAUGACUCCACCGGAGAGUACAAUCACGUGUGGUGAUGCAAUGUAUGUAAUCGUGAUGCAGAGUUGUGCCAAAUAGUAUGCGAUGUCGUCCCAACUAGGAUGAUCAUCUGAGACGGUGCUAAGAUCAGCCAUUUCAACACCUAUGCGUUCUGCACAUGCGCGCGCACUUGCCAUUGACUCGACAGAGAGACGAUGAACUUUGCACCAGCCCGGAUACGUAUCACCCUCUUUGCGGAGAGCCAUGAUAUGUCCACCUUCUGGAUGAACAAGCCCGUGGACUGGCUGUCCAUUGACGACCAAGCCGACACCGAUGCCUGUACCGACGGUAAUGUAGGCGCAGCUGUCCGCAUUUUUGUGACCGCCGUACCGUCGCUCAGCAAGUGCUGGUGCAUUUACGUCUGUAUCAAAGCCAAGACACACGUUGAACUCGCUGAAUGCCGCUAAUAGAUUAAAAUGCUGCCAUCCAGGCUUCGGGGUGGAGGUGAUAUAGCCAUAUGUAGCGGAUGUCUUAUCAAGGUCGAUUGGCCCAAAUGAUGCGAUGCCAAGGGAGAGGAAUGGCUCAAGUCGGCGGAGAAAACGAACGAUCUCGCCAAGGGUUGCGUGGGGGUCCGUCGUAGGAGUCUCUAUGAGAUCAACAAUAGUGGUUGGAUCGUCAGCGAAAGCAACUGCAGCUCGACAAGAAGUCCCUCCGAGUUCAACUGCAGCAAGUAGUGCCGUCGCGGAAACGGAUGGUGAUCGUAGGUGGGAAUUGUCAGUGCGGGUAGGGGCUCCCGAUCUUGAGUAGAGGUAUGAGACUGCAGCUCCUGUUGCAAAGGCUGUAGUAAGUUUCGCGCAUUGCCGCAUAGUGGCAGAAUUGGGAAACGAGAGAUUCAUCUUCAAGUCUCUAACUCGCGAAAAGGGUAGGGUACCAGGAAAAGAGCUUGUGCAGGAGGAGGAUGUGCAACAAGGAAAAAAGGAUGCCGAGUUUGAGGGUGAAGGAGCGAUCUCUGCCCGAUGCUGAUCAAAAAAGGCUUACGCUGCAUACUGUAGGUUGGUAUAGACACGUCGCACAUG